AUGUCACAGCUUCCAGCAGAGUAUGUCAAACGUGGCCUUUGGAUCAACAUUGAGCUUGGCCCGGUCAUGGGCAGAAUCAUAACCACGGAUACACAGACUGGUAACCUGGUCGUCGCUCUCCUUGCCCUCCUUACCACAUUGGGUCAAGCAUUUCUUCGAACGUUGCCAACACCAUGUGCGCUGCUCUUAGAGUGGAUCAAGCUUUGGUGGAUGUGGAGAAAGACUGAUAAAGCUUUUCUUCGCUCAUGGCUUCAAAUCCUUCUUGGGCUAAUAUUCACACUCGGAACUGUCUUAAUUGGAGUCCUUGUGUCACUCGUGGUAAAGAGUACCGACAUCGAAGUUUGUGUCGAUAAGCCCCACUGUGGACCUUGGAACCUGGAUGCCAUCAUGAACGCCCAGCAGACCAAUGAUACAGCUCUGAAUCCAUACAGGCAGCAUAUGGACAAGGUCCGAGAGUCCAGCCGCGCUUACGUCCGUGAGUGUUAUCAGAACUAUUCCAUCACUCCCGAACGCUGCAAGUCAUUCACACGUCCUAGUAUCUCUUUUACCCAGGAACGUCUUGACUGUCCGUUCACUCCGGCUUUAUGUAAAGGUUUUGAGAAACCCGCGAUUCGACUCGACUCAGGACUGGUCGACCUGAAUGAUGCGUUUGGGUUGAAUCUGGAUCCGACAGAUCGAGUGAAGGUUCGCAAGACAACGACAUGUGCAGUUUUGGAGGUGGAAAAUCGGGUCUCGGUCGUCAAUAUGUCUUCUAUCCCCAAUCUUUCUCGGCCACCACUGCCAAACGAGCAGGCUAUGAUAGUGCAUCUUGGAUCCGCAGGCGGGCACGCGAACUUCACUUACGCCCUGAGUUUAUUGAUGGCGAAUCUCACCUCUGGGUAUACUACAAACAUCGCGAUCAAAUUUUGGGAUGCAUACAACAAUGCCAUCUCAAGCACUUUCAUCCCGCCUCUAGAAAUGCAGAGUAGCGAUGCCGACCUUGUUGCUAUUUUCAUUGCGAAAAACGAGAUGCGCUAUCGCCAGCCCAUCAAUGACCCCUUCUUUGCAGCACAUAGGCGCGAGGACGAAGUCAGUGACCAGCAGAGAGGUAAUGUUACUUUCUACAACUCCGACUUUCCAAUCUCUGCACUCGGAUGCACCUUACAAUAUCAGUUCUGUCAUGCACAAGCGGCUGGUACACCGGACUCUUGUAGCAAUCUCACAGGCAUACCAAGUCUGCCGUUCGAAGACAUUCCCAAUGCCAGCGGCGUACAGGUGGCCGCAAUGCAAGAGCUUGUGGGCAUCAUGUUUGAGACGGACAUACAAAGCGCAAACCUUGACCUAAAGGCGCAAAAUUUGGCCGGAAAUUUUGGAUUCUUGGCAUCUUUGCCGGACGACCAAUGGUCCAGGAAGUACAUGGUUGAGUAUGCAAUCGGCAAAUCUGUUCGCCAACCUGAUGUGGCGCCUUUGAUGAAGACCAACUUGACGGAAGGUAAACAAAAGCUUUGUGGCAAACAGAAGAUGAGAAACCCUGGUGGCUUCGUCAACAUCAACGUCUUCGCACUCGCUUUCGUUUGCACCUUCACAUGCGUUGUCACGAUUAUCGACCUCGUCCUCCUCAAGUUCUUCAUCGUCCGGAACAAGUCUUCUCGCAUGGACCGGUGGUUCCAGGAUGGCGUCUACCAGCUGCAACGGCGGGCGUACGAUGCCCAUGGGGAGGGCACAUGGCGCCGCCUAGUAAAGGAAGUUCCACUGACCGACCUAAAUGAGAAGCUCUCCGAGCUGCCGAACGAAUCCUGUGCAAAGUGUUCGUGCUCUAGCGUCAAAAACGUUCAAUUGAAACCUUCAAAAACGGCCUAG